GGCAGCACAAUACAUCUUUUCUAUUCAUAGACCCUUCGCGCAUCAUAGAUAAUUUAAUUCAAAUAUCUAAUAUAAAUUUAAAUUAAAAUUUUGGUUAUUGCAUGUUCUGUACGAUAUAUUUAUAACUUAUUAACAUUAUUUAAAGAAUGUGAACAAAAUCUGUAAUAAUAUUAUCUUCAUCGUAUGGAUUGUCGAUGAGACAUUCCAAAUCAAAGAAAAGAAAAACAAUUUGACAUUGUAUGAAGAUUGUGUGAUCUCAGAGCAGUUGCUCUCCAAUCGUUGCUGGAAAAGUACACAGCGAUAGCUAGGUCAAUGACAUAUGUAACAACAGUAGAUGAGAUCUCGGACAGACUGAUUCAUUUUAAUUUCUAACUUGAAUCGAGAUGCCUGAACAAAACUCAAGCGACCAAUAUUCAACAUGGGUUGGUCUUAUAUAUAUUUUCAACCUGAUUGUUGGUACAGGAGCUUUAACAUUGCCCGCAGUUUUCAGCAAAGCAGGAUGGGCUCUGGGAUUAAGUAUUAUUUUAAUAUUAGCUUUUAUAAGCUUUAUUACAGUAACAUUUGUUAUUGAAGUAAUGGCAUCUGCCAAUGCUAUAGUAACUUGGCGGCAUAUUCAACAUCGAAAACGAGUAUGUUUUUCUCAAGAUUCAUCUUUCAACGAGUCAGAAUCUGAGGUACUUCAAACCUUAGGAGAGUCUGGUCCUUCAAAUUCGGACUCUGAAGAUACACCACUUGUUACACCAUUUUCAAUUAGUCCUGAUCAAACGGACAUGACUUACAGAUAUUAUGUGAUUCGUGAUAAAAUAGAAAUGGGUCAGAUGGCGUCAAUUUUUUUUAAUAAGUUUGGUACAGCCUUGUUUUAUCUGUGUUUUGCUAUUUACCUUUAUGGAGACUUGAGUAUUUAUGGAGCAGCUGUUGCAAAAACCCUGGCUAAUGUUGCUUGCACUUAUCAACCAAUAAAUAUAACAUGCAAUGACACAAUACCAGAUACUGAACUUUGUUGGCAAACAUUUGCUUUGAAUCGACUUGACGCGUAUAGGAUAUUUCUUACUACAUUUGUUCUGUUAUUGGGUCCUUUUGUGUUCGUUAAUGUUCAGAAGACAAAAUAUCUCCAACUAUUAACAUCAACGAUGCGAUGGCUUGCAUUUACUAUCAUGAUUGUAUACGCUUUAAAAAAUCUAAUUAUUCAUGGCGCACAAGGAAAUCCUUCAGCAGCAAAUAUUGUUGGUAUACCUAGUUUAUUUGGUGCCUGUAUUUACUCUUUUAUGUGUCAUCAUUCUUUACCAGCUUUGGUGGCUCCAAUUGCAAAUAAGACUACUUUAAAUCGAUUUUUAGCAUUGGAUUACUUUAUAAUAGCGUGUUUUUAUCUUCUGUUGGCAUUAACGGGAACAUUCGCUUUUGAACAUUUAGAUGAUCUUUACACAUUAGAUUUUAGUCCCCGUGGAUCUGGAGACUGCUCCAAAAGUACCAAUAUUUGUAUCAUUCUUAUAGAAUAUUUUUUGGCGCUAUUUCCAGUAUUUACUUUGAGUACUAGCUUUCCCAUUAUAGCUAUUACUCUGAGAAAUAAUCUACAAUCUUUGUUCCUCAGUGAGGACACAUCAUAUUUGUGUCUUCGUAAAGUGGUCUUCCCAAUACUAGCAGUACUGCCACCAUAUUUAAUUGCAAUGAGCACCAAAGAUUUAUCAAUAUUAGUUGGAAUCACUGGGUCUUACGCUGGAGCUGGAAUUCAGUAUUUGAUCCCAACAUUUUUGGUAUAUUAUGCCAGGCAGAAAACAAACAAAGUUAUAGGUCUCGGUGUUGUAAAUAAAUUUGCAAGUCCUUUCUCUAGUAAUUGUUGGCUCGUUUUUGUUAUAAUUUGGGCCAUUGCUUGCAUGAUUUUAGUAUCUGUCAAUUUUAUGCAAAUACAUUUGCAGUAUACAGGUAUAAAUUUAUAAUGAAAAGUUGCAAAGUAUGAAAUCAAAAACGUAAAAACAAAAAAGGAUUACAUAAUGGUGCAGGAUUAGUUUUUCUCUUAGUUUUGAAAAUCUAGUACCUUUGAAAAGUGGAUUGUUUACAGUACAUACAUAAUUAAAAUUAUGAUAUUAUAUUGAUAUAUCAUGAAAAAAAUAUGUUUUUAAACAAUUAUAUCAUAUUUCCUUUUUAAAAUAAGGGAUAAAUUAUUUUGAAGAAUAUAUUAAUAUAGAUGAAUGAAUGUAGUUUGUGGUAAUAUAUAUGUUAAUUUUAUUUUCAGUAUUCUUAGCACCAUUAGAAAUUAUCCUUUUUUCAUAUAAAAAAUAUAAUAAUAACAACAACAACAACAAUAAUAAUAAUAAUAAUAUGAAUAAUACUGUAGCACAAUGUGUCACAGUAAACUGACAAUACACUGGUGUAAGUCGGGAUUAACUAUAGGUACAAGCCAAAUGAAUAAGCUUAAUUUAAGUUAAUUUUUGUAUCAUAUAUCUUUUAUCUUUUCUAUAUUUUUUAUUUUGUAUAUAUUGUUAUUGAUGCAGGUUUUACUGUAUAGAAAAUGUCUUUCAAAUAAGUAAUCUUUGGUGGCCAACACUAAUGUUCUAUCAACUAUUAGUCGGUAUGAAGGUUAAGAGAAUAAGUUUGUAAUUAAUAUGUAUACUUAGUGUCAAAAAAAAAUGAGGAUGGCCUAUUUAGCGCUUCUCAUUAAAACAAAAAAACGAAUUCAGUUCUGUGAUUUUCUAAUAUUUAUGUUUAGUUUAUAUGGCGCACAAAAAAAUAUAUGAAAUGAAUAUUAUUAGUCAAAUAAAUAUAAUUUGAAUAUUGCAAAACAUAUUUUGAUACAUGGUAUGUGUAAAACUGCCAACAAAGUAUUCACAAUAUGCCUCUCAUACCGUGUACCUGUACAAGUAUAGUAUACAGUAAAUAAGAUGUGUAUACAUAUAUUUUCUAAAAAUAGACGAAUAAAGAUAAAUAAAUAAUUAUAUAAGCUUAUUUUAAUUUAUUUUUAUACGUAUAUACAUAUUUCUGUUUAUUUAUAUUUAUAUAUUAUGUUUACUUAGAUGUGCUGUCAAUUGUUAACACAAAUAGAUUUCUUUGUCAUACUCUAACAACAUAAAGUGGUAUAGUAAAACUAUUUAAUUAUUUGUAUGAAGUCUUUCAACUUCAUUGAAAAUUGUUACUAAAUAUAUGAAAUUCAUUCACAUGUUCAUGAAGUUGUAAACUACCAUACAAAUAACUAUUCAACCGUUCUUCUAUAAUAUAUUUUUUAUAACAGAAUACUUAAAUAUAUAUUUGAAAACCGAUGAAAUAAUUUGAUAUAUAAAAAGAAGUACUCUUUUAUGUGUCUUUUAUAUUAUAUAAUAACUUGUUCCGAGUAAAUGAAUUAGAAUAAAUACACUAUGGGUUAGAAAAAAUUAAAAGAAACUGUUCAGCAAGGUACUUAUAGAAAUUUAUGUAAAUUAAUAUUCUGGUUUUAUAAAUUUCCACUUGUAAACAAUUAGGUACAUUUAAAGAUGAAAAUGAUACAAUGUAUACAGUGAACAUGUGCAAUUAAUAUUAAUUUAAAAAUUGUUUUGUAAAAAAAGAAAUGUUGAAAACACUGUAUAGAUGAACAUUCUAAAGUGAACACACGUGUAUUAUUAAUUGACCAAGAAAUAUAAUGAAUAUGUAAUAAAUAUUUUUAUAAUCCUUAUAUCAAAUAUUUGAUUUAGUUUGUUGAUGUCAGAUUAGAUUUUGUUUUCAGAUUAAGGCUCAUAAAAUCUGUACCAAGCUGUAAAAUGGCACCUUAUUAAUUGUAUUUAACAAAUAUGUUUAUGUGAUGGAAAGCUUUCUUUUUUGUUUGGAGAUAUUAAAGCUAGGCUGCUUGUACUACUCCACUCUCAUUUGGUCAUCAGUCUUUAAUUGUACUACAGGUUUUCAAUUAGAACUCGUUACGGUCAUAUGAGUUCUAUCUAAUUAUUUAAUAGAAUAUUUAUUUCGUAGGAGCUGUUGUAAAACAUUGAAUAUUAGAAUGUAUCUUUUUGAUUUUUAUUUAUAAUCAACUUUAACCUGGCAGGUAACUUAAGAUCAGCAUUUGU